CCAGGAUGUGUACAUUUAUAAUAUAUUAUUAUUUAUUUAUUAAAAGUGUAUAACUAUGCUAUGAAAUUUUAAAAUUAAAAAAAUUGUUUUAACAUGAAUAACAUUACCAACGGCGGAACCCUAACGUCCAGAACUAUACUGUUCACGGGGGAGCUUUUGGUAUGCACGUCGAUGGUGACUGGAAUAACCGUACUUUUAUAUUUUUUACUAGCCAGACGUCCACGCGCAAUUCGAUUGGUGACCGCAAAUGGUUGGUCUUUCGCUAUGCACAUGGCACCUUACGCAAUCAAUUUUAUGGUAUGUUGGCAUCUCCUGUUAGCGUUCGAAAGACUAAUCCUGUCCACACGGAUCGUAACUUUCACGUCCAGACACUAUAUAACAUCUAAAGUAACAUUGAACAUCACCGCGUUCGUCACCAAGCACCAUCUGUUCUGCACGCGUUCCAACUUCUUCUACAAAGCGAUGUUGUUUGUCGGCCACUUGGUUUUGGUUGCCACGUCAGACGUCAUGUGUUACGAAAAAUAUGAAAAGACGACAAUACACGUAGCUAUGCUACUGUUGCUCUGCCUGACCGUACUCAUAUUGAUAGCACCGGCAAAUACAUAUCAAAAGUUGGUAUUAACUGACUUUCUCACUUGGAAGCGAUUCUCAUUGGUGUACGGACUAGUGACAAGUGCAUGCCACAAUUGGCUUAAUUCUGGCAGUAAAGGGGCCGUCGACACAUUGCUGUUGGUACUGGUAGUGCAUGUGCAGUUGGUGUUUCUGUGCAUCACAUACUUUUCAGACGGCCAACAAAUACUGCGCAAUAUUGUCGGACUGGGCACGUACAAUCCAAUGGCAGAUUCGCUGGACAUAUACUUCACGAUGGACUCGAUAGUGUCUAGAACAGGCGCGUACAUGUACAACCACCAUUAAGGCUAGUUCACACGAUAAUACUGAUAUCAAGGCAGUAAGUUCAUGGCACUGCAAGAAAUUCAACGUCGAAAAAUAAAAUUUCGUAUGCUGUUCACACAUAAAUUAGUUCCACCGCAUUAAUAGACAUAAUUAUUAAUAAAUAAAUAGAGACCGUUCUGAAAAUUUCA